GCCUGAGCGGGACAAUCUCACAUGGUGGUUGCGCCACAUUGGAGCUUGGGCUCCACUCUCCAUCUCUUUUACAGUUUACUCUUUCACUUUCCAAUCCAUACUCCAUUUCAUAUUCCCUUAUAAAUCCAUUCAUAUCACUCUCCUUCAUUUUUGCCUCACACCACAACUCAGCUCCAUAGCCAUUGCCUCAAACUUCUCGCCAUCGUCGUCGUCAAAUGGACCUAACCUUGCUUUACGGCCAACGCGGCCAAAACCUCCACAACCACCGCCAAUCGGACAUGCAUGCCGCCAUCCAAAUCCCGCCCCAUUUUCUUCACGCCGAUUGCGGCUCUCCAGUCCCAAACCCUAACCGGCAAUGUAACAGCAGCUUCCCGGCCAACGGAGAAGCCAGUAGCUCAUGUUCCCCGGCCAACAAGAGAAAAGCGGAGUUUGAGGCUGAAGAUUUGGAAAAGGGGAAGGGGACUACUGUAAAGGAAGAAGAAGCAGGGGAGGAAAAAUCAGAGAUCACCACGAAAACUGGCAGAGGCAUUUCGUGCUCAAAUGUUUCAGAGGUCAAAAAGCCCGAUUUCAUUCAUGUCCGGGCCCGUCGAGGUCAGGCCACCGACAGUCACAGUCUAGCUGAAAGAGCAAGAAGGGAGAAAAUAAGAAAAAAGAUGAAAUGUCUGCAAGAUUUAGUGCCUGGGUGUAAUAACGUUAUUGGUAAAGCUGGGAUGCUUGAUGAGAUUAUAAACUAUGUUCAGUGUCUACAGAAGCAAGUAGAGUUCCUCUCUAUGAAGCUGGCUAUAGUUAACCCAAGGCUCGAUUUUUGCAUCGAUAGUACCUUCAAAGAGCUGCCUACAUAUAUUUCCAGUCAAUCAGCAGCAACACAGCUUGAGUUGCCAAAUCCGACGUUUUUCCAGUAUAAUACAAUGCAACAGGGGACUUCAAGUAGCGGAUUAAGUGAUGUGGCUAUUGAUCAACCUCAGAUUUUUUCCCAAAAGCCAGGACAAAUCCAGGAAGUUUUUCCGGAUUCGUCUUUUAUCUCUCAAUUGCAGCAGCUGUCUGGUUGGGAAUCAGAUUGGCCCAACCUAUUCAAUUAGUUCUGAAAGAAUAUCUUUGUUGUUGGGUUGCCUCUUGAUUUAUUCUGCAGAUAAAGUUAGUUGCCCUACUAAUAAUUAAUGUAGAGCAUAUAUUCAUAGAACUUUUCGCCUUUCUUUUAUAGCCAAGGUUCCUGUUGGUUGAAUCAGAAUUGAGGACUAAAACAAUUAAUCUCGCCAUUCAAGAGAUAUUGAGAUUGCAACACAGACUUGUAGAAUGUAAUACAUCUUUGGUAAAAUUCCAUUUGUGUAUAGUCCAUAACUUGAUGUACUUAUUUUUUUUCAGUAAUUAUAAAAAGAUUCUAAUAUGUAAUAACUUACUGAAUUGUUAAUUUUUCACUGCUGUUUUGAUGUGGAAAUGUGUGUGUAUGAAAGGAGGGCAUUACAAUUGGGUACUUUAAUCGUAUUGGGCACAAAAAAGGUA